CCUCCUUCCCUCGCUGCCGCCGCUGGAGCGGAACCGAAAGCGAAGGCGGCGCCGGGCGGCCGCGCUCCGGCCCCGCAGGCGGCUCCGAGGGCGGCGGGGGCCGCUCCCUCCUCUCGGCGGAGCGGCGCGUCCACCAGUUCUUUCACCCUCUGUGCUGGACGGGCCAGGCAGUGCAGGAAGCUCUUCCGUUUGCCCCCAAGGAUGAAGAAAAGCUUUGCUGGUCAGGCACAGGGACCUGACACAGGCUCAGGAUCCUGAUUUUUGCACAGAAAGCCAUAAGGAACCUGGGGUGAGGAGAAGUUGGUGGCAAUGAUGGGCUGUGGGCGGAGGCAGUGAGCUGAAGGUGCUAAUCCUGCACCCAGUACUUGGCUCACCUCCUCGUCGCAGAGUGGCUGGGAUGAGGCCGUUGGUCGCACCAUGCCAUCAUGCAUCCCCAGCAGCUCGCCCACCCCGCAGCCUCUCUGUCGUGACAGAGGCUGCGGUCCCCGAGCGACCAGGGUGCUGCAGGACCCCCAGUCACUGAGCCCCCACCACCCCAGCAUGGCCUCUCUCAUCGUGGUGACUGAGUACGACGCCACAGGGAGCAUGUGUGAGGAGGAGAUGAACAUGCCCAGCAAUGAGGGCUUCGGGGAUGGCCAGGAGCCAAGGGCAAAGCUGCACCUUUCAGGCCGAAAGCUCUCCCUGCAGGAGCGGUCACAGCCUGCCCACUCACCCGGGGGUGGUGACAGCGCCAACGAACGCUUCAUCUACCCAUCCCUUCCUUACUCCCCGGUGACGUCCCCGCACUCCUCCCCGCGGCUGCCGCGGCGCCCAACGGUGGAGUCGCACCGCGUGUCCAUCACAGGACUCCAGGACUGUGUGCAGCUCAACCAGUACAAGCUGAAGGAUGAGAUUGGGAAGGGCUCCUAUGGUGUGGUGAAGCUGGCCUACAAUGAGGAUGAUAACACCUACUAUGCAAUGAAGGUUCUCUCCAAAAAGAAGCUGAUGAGACAAGCAGGCUUCCCCCGCCGCCCACCGCCCCGUGGUGCCAAAGCUGCCUCAGAGGGCUGUCUGCAGCCCAAAGGGCCUAUUGAACAGGUCUACCAGGAGAUUGCCAUCCUGAAGAAGCUGGACCACCCCAACGUGGUGAAGCUGGUGGAGGUCCUGGAUGACCCCAGUGAGGACCACCUGUACAUGGUGUUUGAACUGGUGAAGCAAGGCCCUGUGAUGGAAAUCCCAACUCUGAAACCUCUCAGUGAGGACCUGGCUCGGUUCUACUUCCAGGAUCUGAUCAAGGGCAUUGAAUACUUGCACUAUCAGAAGAUAAUCCACCGGGAUAUUAAACCCUCCAACCUCCUCGUGGGGGAAGAUGGGCACAUCAAGAUUGCUGAUUUUGGAGUGAGCAAUGAGUUCAAGGGAGCAGAUGCCCUCCUAACCAACACUGUGGGCACCCCUGCCUUCAUGGCCCCAGAGACACUCUCAGAAACCAGGAAAAUCUUCUCUGGAAAGGCUUUGGAUGUGUGGGCCAUGGGGAUCACGCUGUACUGCUUCGUGUUUGGGCAGUGCCCUUUUAUGGAUGAACGGAUCCUGAGCUUACACAACAAAAUCAAGACCCAAACAUUGGAGUUCCCAGACCAGCCAGAAGUUACAGACUUCUUGAAGGACCUGAUCACACGGAUGCUGGAUAAAAACCCUGAAUCUAGGAUUUCGGUGCCAGAAAUCAAGUUGCACCCUUGGGUCACCAAGAAUGGAGUGGAGCUGCUGCCCACGGAGGAUGAGAACUGCACCCUUGUCGAGGUGACGGAGGAGGAGGUGGAGAAUUCAGUCAAGCACAUCCCCAGCCUGGCCACCGUGAUCUUGGUUAAAACGAUGAUCCGGAAGCGAUCCUUUGGGAACCCAUUUGAGGGGAGCAAGAGGGAGGAGCGGUCAUUGUCUGCUCCCGGGAACCUGCUGCCCAGGAAGCAAGGCAGCGAAGAUAAUCUGAAAUGCAACGACUUGCCCAACGUGGGAGAGGAGGAAUUACUUUCAUGAACAUGAACUUCAUGGUUCUGUUGAGCAACUUGGUCCAGGGCACUCCACCAAACACAGCAUGGCCUGGCGCUAUUUCAGUCUGAUGCUGGCUGCAGAGCUUACCUAGCAGCAUGUUGUAAGACAUCUGACUACUUGUCAUAAACAUUGAGCAUCUCCGUUCGCUUGGACUGCUGACUUCUUGUGGGAGAGGCGCUGGCUGAUAGCAGAGGUGAGCUGUUUGAGCAGCAACAGUGCUUUGCAAGCAAACAAGCAGUCAAAGCUGCUUUGGGAACUGCUUUUAUCUGGGGUUAAUCCAAAUAAUUUUUGGGAACUAAACACCAGUGUCCCAGGGGUGUCGUCUGCCCGUGGCGUAGUCACUGGGCGCACACAGAAGAGUGAAGCUUUCGCCUAGUGUCGGACAGAACAGUAAAACUACACCUGUGCACUUUGAGAGGUCACCACCUCCCUGAAAUGUUGUUGCAUCUAUUUCUCAUCGUGCUGGUUUGGUUUUAAUUGACACCUUUUUAACUGCAUGGGAACAAAGCAAAAACCCACCUUUUCAGCUUUUCCAAGAAUGCCUACCUUUGUGAGCCAAGUUGUGUUAAACAGCAUCUUCCAGACACUCAGAAAGUGAGGUUAAUUAUGUCCCAAGGUAAUUAACACCUUUCCUAAGGUCUUGGUGUGACUAGGGCUUGGUAAAUUGAGUAUUCAGUGUAUGAAAGGAAAAGGUAUUUAAGGGCUUAAGUUCAGUCUGAACUAUUUUUGCUGCAGACACAGGAGUGGAAGGUGGUGUUUAGCUGAAUGUUUGCUUUGAACAGCAGAGGAAGCACUAAUGAUAGUUUGUUUCUAAAUCUUUUACUUGAUCUAGGUAGAUAUGUUAUUAAAUAUGAAAUUCAGGGUAAAAAUCCUUCACUUCCAUGUACAUUACAUGGUUUACUACAAUUACAAGUAAUACAACUUAUGCUAUUUUUAAGUAUAGACUUAGGGCUUGCUUAGAAUUUAAGAUCUUAAUGAAAUACUUAGAUUAGCUAGCAAUUUUCAAAGAAACUUUUUGUUUCCAAACUCUUAAUCUGGAUUUUGGGGCCAACGCUAUGUAUUUUAUGCAAGUUUGUUACCAGUAAUUUGUGAAUGCCUGUGGAUCAGAGGCUUGUUAGUAAAUUCAGUGUAUAGCUAAUUCAUGGGGCUGUUUCUUAUGAAGAGCUCUUUCACCUUCAGUCAGAUUACUCUGAUAAUUUUGUGGUGCUUGUUAAAAAAGAUAAUACUGCUACCGUCUGGUGGGAGAGAUUCUGAUUUCCAGACUCACUUUCCCAAGUUCUCUGUGCUUGGACAAAGCUGAAGAAGAGUCAGGGUUUGCUUGAGGAAAGGGGUCAUGGUAAGUACAGUUGUUUUAUGGAGGGAGCAUGGGAUUGUAUCAGGGAAAAGGUCUGACCUCUGCUUUUCUCAGUCUGAUGUGGUUGUGUGACCUUGAAUGAGGCAUUUAAAAUGAUGGCGUAUCUGAAAGAGAGGAAGGAUUCAAAUGUCCCAAACAAGGGACUAACAUGUAAUUCUUUGCCUUGAGGAAGAAGGCACAAGGAGAGACCCAAGUAUCUUGAUUAGGAGGAAUAAGAUCUCUGACAGCUAACCCUGGCCACAGGUGCCCUGCUUUUAGGAAGUGACUGUCCCCUUGUCUUCCUUGAUCUUGGGCAGUGCAAGUGGCAGCGUGACAAGGUCCUUGACCCUACUGCAGUUGGACCUGGCCUGGUAAUUCCUGGUGAGGGCAGGUCUUUGUUAAAGCCAGGGCAGUGCUAGUGUGUGCGCAGAUGGCUACGCAAGCCGUCCCUUGUGUAUUUCCAUCACGUGAAGCAAUGCUCCCCAUGAAUCACAAUUUCUUACUAAAACAUUGUGCUGCUGGUCUCUCUCCAAAGCCAUGAGAGUUGGUGGUUUAGGAGCAGUACUAUGGAGUUUGGAGCCAUAAGACACACACUCUUUUCCUCCUAAUUUAGGCCAAGGCUAUGCCAAAGCCCUGCAGCUUCAGCUCUGGGAAAACUAAACAGGUAGUUUGGGUGCCAGCACUACAGCUGCCUGUCCCCUCCUUCUUAACCAGGACUUUUCAUUGUGGAUACGUGUGUGAGUGGGCUGCUGGGUUCUCUGACCCUGUCUGUGGACUUGUUCUGCAAAAAAUGUAAUUUAAAAAGAAAAGGGUGGGGGAUCUGAUUAUUUGCAGCUGGUGCAUAGUGAGCUGCGUGGUGUGCUUUUGUUAGAGGUGAGCUGUAGAGCUGCUGUGUGCCUACUGAGACAGUUCUCACCAAAUGGGCUUGGAGGGUGCAAUGCAGCCUCUCAACUGAGUAAGCUGGGCCCAGUUCCUCAAUGCCCAGAGAUCAGUGUCCCAUGACUAGCGUGGGCUCGGUCUGUAAGGAUCCUAAGGCUCUAGCACCUCCCUCAGGCACUCUCCAAAACGAUUGUCUCUUGGUGCCAGCUCUGCAGGGCUGCAGCCAAGUGCAUGUUCCUGAGAAAAACAUGAUGUAGAUUUUUUUCCUUGUUAGUUACUUCUCUUAAAAGCAUCAAGCAUGGCUGUGUGAGGAAGAGCUGUCUACAUGCAUGACCUGUUAGAGAAGCUGUACUGUGUACAUAAACAUGCUCAGUUCCCUAGCUGCUGUUGCCAGUAGUAAUGCUAGCUUUUAUCUUAUAGUGAAAUAAACAUUUUGCUUGUGCCUUGGAACUGGGCUAUAACUUGACUUCCCCAAUUCCCUUCCUUUCAAGCAAGCCCAGUGCUGACUAUAGGCUGAAUGCUGGGUAUUAAGCCUUUUUGGCUCUGAAAGCACACAGGAAAGUGCUAGGGGGAAACCAGGCCGCUUGUCUGAGUAGUUUGUUCUUGGUGGUCCCCUCUUACCUAUCAGGCAAUUGAUCUGUUUCUUUUCUAAGGUCCUGAACUAUUGAUGACUUUUAUACUGUUUGUUUAAAUGACCAAGGCUUGUGUUUCAUUCCUACCCCUUUAUUAUGCAUUUAACUUUAUCAGGUGUAUCAAGUUUAAAUACUGUGUAUUUACCUCUUUUAAAUUAUAUUACCUAAGAA